GGCUGUUAGCACAACACGGACAGCCAAUCCCGCUCGGCUCGACUCGUAAGUAUACCUGGAGAUUUUAGACACGAAUAAAAACUAUGUCUGUACUGAGAAGACCUGACGGAACCAUGACAGGUACCGAGUGAAGUAUUAAUAACGGAAUAUCAAGAAAAGAACACUGCGUGUGUUCCGGAGGCGUUCGAGGUUCGAGUGAGCACCUUUUGGUUCGAAGCGCACACAUACGCACGCAUCUGAGCAGCGAUGGGCGCUUGGACGCUGCUGCUGUGCCUACUCGCCAUUGUGAGAGGCAGCCUGGGGGCGGAUACUGAAGAGCGGCUGGUGGAGCACCUGCUAAACCCCGCCCACUAUAACAAACUGAUCCGCCCAGCGACCAAUGGUUCUGAGCUGGUGACAGUUCAGCUGAUGGUGUCCCUGGCCCAGCUCAUCAGUGUGCACGAGAGAGAGCAGGUCAUGACCACCAACGUAUGGCUCACACAGGAAUGGCAGGACUACCGUCUGACUUGGGUCCCUGAGGAGUUUGAUGGCAUGGAGAAGGUCAGACUGCCUUCCAAACACAUCUGGCUACCCGACGUUGUGCUGUAUAACAAUGCUGACGGAAUGUACGAGGUCUCAUUCUACUCCAACGCGGUGGUCUCCCAUGACGGCAGUAUCUUCUGGCUGCCUCCAGCCAUCUACAAGUCAGCCUGUAAGAUCGAGGUCAAACACUUCCCCUUCGACCAGCAGAACUGCACCAUGAGGUUCCGCUCCUGGACCUACGACCGCACAGAGAUCGACCUGAUCCUGAGGUCCGACGUGGCCAGCAUGGACGACUUCACACCCAGCGGAGAGUGGGACAUCAUCGCCCUGCCGGGGCGCCGCAACGAGAACCCUGCUGACCCCACCUACGUAGACAUCACUUAUGACUUCAUCAUCCGCAGGAAACCUCUGUUCUACACCAUCAACCUCAUCAUCCCCUGUGUCCUCAUCACUUCUCUGGCUAUCUUAGUGUUCUAUCUGCCCUCUGACUGUGGAGAGAAGAUGACCCUGUGUAUCUCUGUCCUGCUGGCCCUCACUGUGUUCCUCCUGCUGAUCUCUAAGAUCGUCCCCCCCACCUCCCUGGACGUUCCUCUGGUCGGGAAGUACCUGAUGUUCACCAUGGUCCUGGUGACCUUCUCUAUUGUCACCAGUGUGUGUGUUCUCAACGUGCACCACCGCUCACCCACCACACACACCAUGCCCCCCUGGGUCAAGCUGGUGUUCCUCAACAAAUUGCCUGCGCUGCUCUUCAUGCGCCAGCCCCAGAACAGCUGCGAGCGUCAGAAGCUGCGCCAGCGACGGAGGGGCCAGGAGCAGAGGGAGGGGGGCAGGGAUGGGGGCUCCACCGGGGGGCUGAUGGUGGGCCUGGGGCUGGGGGGCGGAGGGGGUGGCACGGAUAACAACGACCCCUGUACGUGUUACGUGAACCGGGCGUCGGUGAAACAGUUUGUAGGAGAGCUGGGAGGGGGCGCGGGGGGAGGAGGGGGAGGGGGGUCGAUGGAGGGGCUGAACGGGCUGAGGGAAGACAGGGAGGGGGGGCAGGGGAACCGGCCCAGGGGGAAACAGGUAGGAGGGGGCCCAGCCCUGACCCAGGCCGUGCUAGGACAAGCCUGCCCUGGGUUGGAGGAGGCUGUCGACGGGGUCCGCUUCAUCGCCAACCACAUGAGGACUGAAGAUGACGACCAGAGUGUGAGCGAGGACUGGAAGUAUGUUGCCAUGGUGAUCGACCGUCUCUUCCUGUGGAUCUUUAUAAUUGUGUGUGUGUCCGGAACGGUCGGGAUGUUCCUCCAGCCACUGUUCCAGAACUACACUGCCAAGACCAUCACCAACACCAAUGGCUGACCAACCAGGUUCCCAGCAGCAUCGAUAGACACUGCCCCGACCCAAUCAGCACAGCAGGACAGGGGCAGGAGGGAGGGACCUGCCCAACAGGGGAAGUGGGUUUUAUUAAGUCUGUGGAACUAAAUUGGACAGGAGCCACACCUGUUAACCUUUAUAGCCUUUCUACUGAACUGUUCUGAACUGAAGAACUUAACUUAACACCAACAUCGUAUUAAAGAUAGUUUUUUUUCCAGAGGAGGGAUAAAUGGAUGGACAGAUCUUCCCUUUUUCCCAGAGGAAGGUGGAGUUAUGCCUCUCCUCUCUCCCUCUGAGUGACAAGCGGCAGAAGCCAAUCAGGGAGAGAGGACAAUCUCUAAAUUGUUUGACAUCCUGUAGAACGCUACGCCAGCCAAUCAAUGCUCUUCAUUCCAGGCUGACUGUGCAAGCUUACUGAGAGUAUAUUGUCGCACCUUAACUGGUACAGAACUUAAUGCUUCAGUAACAGAACCAAUCAAAAAAAUGUAAAGGCAAGUGGAGGGUUGUCAAGGUUCAUAAUUGUUUUUCCAAGCCACUUCUGUUAAGCCAACUGAUAGUACAGUACAGUAUAUUUUAUCAUAGCGUAGCAGUGUACCACAGUAUAGCUUUGAAUAUAAUAUUAUUGCUCUGUGUCUGUUCCUGAGAGAAAGGUAGGGUGCAGGGGUUUGUUGUAUGAUUCUCUGCGCUUUUAAACAAGAAUGUGAUAUUACCUGUACUACACAGCCUGUGACGUGCACACUAACACUAUAUGAGAUGAAAGAGAGAGAGGGAUAUUGACAGAGAGUUAGAUGGAAUGAGAUGAAGUAGUUAUAGUGAAUCCCAAACUGCCCCCUCGCCAAUACCAACUCCCUCCGUUGUCACGUGUUGCUGACGAAGCUCCAAGGGUGACUUCCAUUCCAAAGAGUGGCGAUGGGAUCAAUAAUCCCACCGGGACCAGUCUCUGAAUCAGACAUAAACACAUGCACAUGGUAUAUAAUUAGACACGCCUCUCCAUUUUUUACAAUUCAAUUGUUCUAACUUCAGACGUAUAGCAGUGAGUGUCGGGAUAGUACGUCGCUCUGAAGCCUGCAUCCGUGCUGGCUAGGUCGAAGUGGCUUUAGGAGGAUCUAAUUAGCCCCUACACCCCCGUAAUAUUCACUCGCUCAGCUUUAGUACACUUGUGCAAAUGGCGGAGGCUCGUGUGAACGCGCAAAUUGAGUGCCAAGGGGCCAGGCGAAGGGGGUGAUUUGGGAUUCAGCCUUAGAGAAAGAUAAAGUUGUAGGAUGUCUGCAUAUGCAGCUCUAUUGGGAUAAUAGCAGCUUGUGCCAUCGGGUACAGUUGCAAGGGGAUGAGUCUAGAUUCAGUAAGUUCCUGGGAAACUGAGAUUGGGUUGAGCCAAGAUGGAGUAAAUUCCCUCCUUUUACAGUUGAGCCAUGAUUGCACAAAAUUGGGUGGUCGAAUAGAGAACUGACAGAUGAUAUGUAUUGUUGGAAUAAGGAUGUUUUCUCAUGAAACAUAAGCUAUUGUAUGUUAUGAAUGUUUGCACAAAUGUUAAUUUCUGUCAUCACUGUGAUUCUCAUUAUCAGAGUAAGACAGUGUCUCACUCUGUCCUCUCUUCCUUUCCUCCCUCUCUCCUCCCCCCCCCUCCUGUCCUCCCCUCCUUCUCCCUCUCUCCUCUCUUCCUUUCCUCCCUCU